AUGACUAUUAGCACCGGCCGCUAUAUCAUUCAGAAUGUUCGCAGCAAGAACCAGCUCCAGCUCGCUGACCCAAACGAUGGAUCCCCACUGCAAGCCACUGCCCCAGGUAGCCUAGGGAGUCUCCCUGUCCUGUGGAACAUCGUCCAGCUCGGGAACGGCAAAUAUACCUUUCAAAACCAAACUCACGCCUCAUACGCCUCUUGCGGGAAUCGUGCUUCACUUGAUGCUGAGAUUGUUGGGCGCGACCGUCCCCAGCAGUUCGCCAUCCAGGAGGGCAGAGUUCGAGGACGCUACACCAUCUCUCCUACUGAUUCCACGAAUCUGUGCUGGGGCCUUCCAGAUGACGAGCUCGACACACCGGCUGUUCUCGCCUCCUCCUUCACUGAUUCGCGCAACCAAUGGGAGUUCAUCAGAUCCUGA